UCUUCUACAUAUAUAUGUACACCAAACUCUUAGUUUGAUCAACUACAAUUUAAAUUCAAUAGUUUGGAGUACAACAAAAUUAAAGAGGAAAAAAAAAAUGCCAGGAAUAACAAUAGGAGAUGCGGUGCCAAACCUAGAAGUAGAGACUACCACUGGCAAAUUCAAGCUUCAUGACUACUUUGCUGAUAGCUGGACCAUUUUCUUCUCUCAUCCAGGUGACUUUACACCGGUUUGUACCACGGAACUAGGAAUGAUGGCAGCUUAUGCUGAUAAGUUCUCGAAGAGAGGGGCCAAGCUUUUGGGCUUAUCUUGUGAUGAUAUUUCCUCUCACAAAGAGUGGAUCAAGGACGUCGAAGCCUAUUCCGGAGGACAUAAGGUGACGUACCCAAUAAUAGCAGAUCCAAAGAGGGAGAUAAUAAAGCAGCUAAAUAUGGUGGAUCCUGAUGAGAAAAGCUCCAAUGGACAGCAACUUCCUUCUCGUGCUUUACAUAUUGUUGGUCCUGAUAAGUUGGUGAAGCUAAGUUUCCUAUACCCAGCAACAACAGGAAGGAACAUGGACGAGGUGGUGAGGGUAUUGGACUCGCUGCAGAAGGCAACAGAGCACAAGGUUGCCACACCUGUUAACUGGAAACCCGGCGAGAAGGUCGUGAUCUCUCCAAGUGUCAACAAUGAUCAAGCCAAGGAGAUGUUUCCUCAAGGGUUUGAGACCACUGAUCUUCCUUCCAAGAAGGGCUACCUUCGCUUCACUAAAGUCUAGCCGCAUGUCGUCUAGCUUUGUCAUGAAUAUGCAAGCCACAACAUCCUAGCAUAUAUAUAUAUGCAUGGAAAUGUGAUGAAUAUCGGUCUAUAUGAAUAAUGUGUUCGUAGUAAGUUACUUUUGACGAGUAUGGUAUGGUGCUAUAUAUAUUAUGUUUUUUAUAAACGGUAAAAAAAAAAAUGUAUCUUAAUGGCAACCAAACUACAAAGGAUUGUUGUAAGUUGUAUGGUAUGUACCUAAAAGGCCAAAGUAGUUGUCCUUCCUACCUUUUGUGCUACAUAUAAUUAUGAAAUACGACUAUAGAAGUACUACUUUGUUAAUGUGUUA